AUGUACGAUUGUGCUGCUAGCGAAGGUCCUGUUCAAAAAUUUUCAGUUCAGAUCGACCAAACAAUCGAUUUGGUCCAGUUCGAGAGAAAUAGGACUGUUCCAUGGAUGAACUCAAGGCUGGCCAAUAGGAAACAGCUGGGACCCACUAAUCGGCACCACACCGCUCCAUUGACAGCAGCCUUGACAGCCAAGUUGUCAGUGCCUCAGAAUCUGCUCCUUUUCCAUUCCAUCACCGCAUCGGAUAUAAUGCGCCUGCUAAAUGCAACAACUCGCAGGCUGGAAGAGUUCACGGACCAUGAACUUCCCAAAUAUGCCAUUCUGUCGCACACUUGGCAGAAAGAUGAGGUCUCCUUUCGAGACAUCCACACGUCGAAAGCGACGGAUAAGAAAGGAUAUGUCAAGAUUCGGUCUUCCUGCAAGCGUGCUCUCCGAGAUAGGUUGAAAUAUGUAUGGGUGGAUACUUGCUGCAUUGACAAGAGGAGUAGUGCAGAGCUGUCCGAGGCGAUUAACUCGAUGAUGAGUUGGUAUGAGCAUUCGGAAGUGUGCUAUGUUUACCUUGCUGAUGUGCCUCCGUCCUCCGAGCUUGUUUCGGACUUAUCGUCAUUUAAGCAGAGUCGAUGGUUUACUCGAGGAUGGACUCUGCAGGAGCUUCUUGCUCCUCCCAAACUGGUGUUUCUGGCUCAAGAUUGGUCGUUGCUGUUUGCUCGUGAAACUGUGGCAGGCACCAUCAGUGAGCUUACCGGAAUCAGUGCUUCCUUCCUAGAAGUGAGAGAGAAUCGCGGUGGUUUCAGACACAUGCUAAACUCAAGAAGCAUAGCGGAACGAAUGAGCUGGGCAUCUAAGCGUAAGACCAGUCGAGACGAAGACAUAGCUUAUUCACUUCUGGGGAUUUUUGGUAUCACCAUGCCAAUUCUAUACGGAGAGGGAACCAACGCCUUUUUCCGACUGCAACAAGAGAUAAUGAAACACUCCGAUGACCAAUCGUUAUUUUCCUGGAACUUUGUGGAAUACAACAACGAAUCCGGUAAUAACCGGCCAACAACACGGUUAGUGUCCGUUGAUCAAGCCAUGAUGAUAUCUGUCCACAAUCCCGAAAGGUCUGGUGUCCUCGCCAGCUGUCCAGCAGCAUUUUCACAAUGCGGUGACAUUGUUCCCUGCAACUUUGGCAAACCAACACCGCCUUUCUCCAUCACCAACAAAGGUCUUAGUAUGGAGAUCCCACUUCUCACCACAGGUGAUACAUCGGUUGCACUUCUUCAAUGUCAAUUCAAGAAAGACCCUACUACCUUACUUGCUCUUCCGGUGGAUUGUUUACAAGACAAUAUCUACGCCCGAGCCAAGUCACCCAUAUGCGUGGUUGGGCAUAAAACAUGGCAGGAAUGGCCACAAACUCAAUUAUAUCUAGCCCCCAGCCCUGAAUUCAUCAGCAACAGGGUUGAAGCUCCAGAAUAUACCGUCAUUAUGAAAACUGUGCCGUCAGACCUGCGCAUCGGCGAUGUACUUACCUAUUUUCCUCCCCAAGAGCUGGGCUCUAUGGUGUUGAUGGAGUGUAACAGAAGUAGCAUCUGCGCUGAGAGUAGGGAAGUCUUUGUUCGGUUCGAGAGCAGAAACGGUGAUUGUCAACCAUUCAUUCUUGGUUUCCAUCUCACAUUGAAACCGAGUAGACCUUCGAUUCUGUCUUUAAACAUCCAACCAAGGGACAAUGCUGUCCCAACCUGCCGGUUUCUACCUCUCAGAAAGACAGACUACCCAUCCUUGGAAGCCCUGCAGCAAUGGAUGCAGAGUACACUACAUCAAGCACAGAAGGGAGAACCCUCUAUUCCAUAUUCGGCAAAUGUUGCAACCGAAACAUUCUUUGGAAAACGUCUUUUCAGUAUCCAUGUCACUUCCGCGCGUGCUAGCAGACAAAGGCGACAUAUGGGUGAAUACACAUUGAGUGACUUGGCUAGUUUUCUGCAUCGAAUUGCGACUGGUCACCCACACGUGCAUAGGCUUCGUCAAAGGUGGCUACACGUCCUAAAAGCCUACCAAGCCCAUAGCAUCCCCUAUUUCCGUUCUCUGUUUCGAAUAGCUGUACUUUCGCCUUUGAUCCUCACCUUCCUCAUUGAUAUCCUAGCUAGGAGGUCUUUUGCACUAGCUAUUCGAAUGGCAAAGUUUCUUUGGAGGAACGAGGAGGUUCCUGCGCUAUUAGCCUGGCCAGUGUAUUUGCUCUUCGAAUACUCAUCCAUCAAGGAGCUUAUCAACAAGGGGACUCCCCGAUACGUACAUGGAAAAAACGCUAUGAGGGUUCUGUUUCUGUAUAUCUGCUGCAGGUGCCUACCAGCACAUUUCUUACUCGAUCUUAUUGGGGAGGAAGGCUGAGCUGGAUACUGGAAUAUUCGCUGGCACGCUUUCCGCUUCGUUACAUUUUUUUUUGUUUUUUAUGAUGC